AUGAAGAUAGGUGUGUGCAGCUAUAAAAAUGUACUUGCUAACGUACCAACUUUACAAGCGGCUUCUAGCCAUUCCCAUAAAUUUGAAGAAGCAAAAGUGAACAUCUAUUUCCUUGUUUACUUACCAUCCUCACCUACCUCAACCUAUCACUGUCAAAACGAGCAGAUGCUAAAUAAAUAUAUAAUACAUGAUCAACAAGCAUCUUUAAAGACACUGUACUUGCUAAGGGACAAGCUAGAAAGUGAACUUUAUAAUGUUGAGCGGAGGAGUGAUCUUAUGCUUCAACUGCAUAAUGAUCGUGUCACCUAUAUGUACCAGGAUGGCUGCGAUUUUGAAACAGGAGAAAGCUCAUAA